AUGUUUGCAUGUGUACAGUACACAGAACAUAAGGAGCGGGCAGCGCUGCCUGUGGCUCUUAUCAGAGAUUUCGAGCGACAAAGCACAACUGACUUCAAAAAGGACGACGUUGUCAUGGCGUAUUGGGCGGACGAAGAUGGAAGAGGCGAGAACUUUUACCCGGCCAACGUCACUGCACUCGCGGACACCCUUGAGGACCUUCUGUGCAAAUUGAAGAACGCGCGACACUCAUUUCCCAGAGUGAUAUUGGGAAAGCUGCACAAAGGCAACUUGGCUGAUGAAGGGCUCUCCAAGAGAGAAGAGAGGAAAAGGAAGCGAGAAGCUGCCAGGAAGGAACUUGGCAACAUACUUAAGGCAUUCAAGCAGUCGGAGAACUCGGAACUGUUUCAAGACUUUGAAGAUGAGAGCAAAGAAUCUGUUGAAAAUCACACUAAAAGCAAGAAAGAUAAAGGAGCUUCCCAUGAAAUUGAGUGGAAGAAUAUGGAAGCAAGAAUUGAGGACCUUGAAAAAGAACUACAAAAUAUAGAAGCUGAGAAAGAGGAGCUUGCUCGGCUGUUGGAAGAGGAGCGAGAGAGGUCAAGAAGGCUGACGGAUGCCCUCCUCAACAAGAUUGAAAUUGCUCCCACUGCCAAGACUGCCACAAUCGCAAAAGAGGUUGUUCAUGAAAUCUUGGUGCCAGAUGUAUCCCCAGUGUUCUAUGAUUUCCGUGGCACGGGUUUUGUGCCGCCUCCUGCAAGAGCUGGCAACGUGCUGAGUGACCAGGCUGACAGGGACCGGCACGCCUCAGAUGGCUGUGGUCCACCGCAGUCAUACGAAGUGUUGGCGGAGGGUUCAGUGGAAG